AUAUAUAUAUAUAUUUUUUUUUUCCCUAUUCUAUUAUGCCCAUUUAACAAUAAAAACAGCAGAUUCCCAAUCAUCUCCUCCACCCUAUGGGAAACACCCAUAAUUGCACCCAACAAUACUAUUAACCAUGGAAACCUGAGCUCUAAAAGCAACCCAACUUCAUUCAUUUUUUUUAUUAUUAUUCCUUGUUUUUCCAUAUCCUUCCAAUAUAUAUACUAUCAAUCUCCAUCAUCUUUUUUACCCACAAUACAAACCCAAAAUUUCUCUCCUUUUUUAAUUUUUUUUCGUUUCUUUUCCAUGAUGGAUAAUCCUUCAUGCACCACCACUUCUGUCAGUGGAUUUUACAACUUCCUCACUCAUGAACUCAACAAUCUUGAUCAAUCUUUCCUCUCCCACAACUUCAUGUCAAUCCAAUUCCUUCAACAUGUGCUUUCCUCGCUCCAGUCUUUUCAUUCCCAGUUGACCAUUUUGGUUCAAAAGCUUAGGUUGCCAACAGGUGAGAAAUGGCUGGAUGAGUACAUGGAUGAAAGUUCAAGGCUUUGGGAAGCCUGCCAUGUCCUUAAAUCUGGUGUCUCUGGUAUGGAAAAUUACAUUUCAGCUGGUGUCAAUAUAGUUUCUUCUCUAGAUGGUUUCCACCAUUUGAACCCAGCAAUUUCCCGCCAGGUUAUCAGGGCUAUAAGUGGUUGCCAAAUAAGGGAGAUUGUUGGAUUGGAAGAGGAAAACAAGAUCUUGAUGGAAACAAGAAUUCAGCCACUAUCACUCCGUCUUAAUGAGAACAUCUCAAUGGGAUCAAAGUUCAAUGGAUUCAGCGGUUUUCGUGGCGUCCUAUAUGCAAUGAGGAACAUUAGCUCAUUGCUUUUGAUGAUCCUUCUAAAUGGUCUUGUAUUCUGUUGGCCUGCAGGGUCAAGUUUCAAUAUUCAAGGAGGGUAUGAAGGGAAUAUGAUAUUUGGAUCAGGUUUGAUGGUGUCAAUGUCAAGGUUGAGACAAAGAGUUGGAAACGAGAUUGAACAGAUUGAUGGGCAGCCCGGGAUUCUUCUCUACGAGUAUCGGGAAUCGAAAAUUGCCAUGGAAGAGCUGAAAGUUGAGUUGGAGAGAACAUUGGAGUACGGAUUAGAAGAUAGUGAUAUAAUUCAAGAGAGAGUUGACAACUUGAAAAGAGGAUUUGGGUUGUUAAGAAGUGGGGUUGAUACUAUAAUUGGGCAGCUUGAUGAUUUCUUUGAUGAAAUAGUUGAAGGAAGAAAGAAGCUUUUGGACAUGUGCACUCAUAGGUAGACAGUUUGGACAUGUGCACCUCUUAGCUACUUAGAAAGAGGGUAAAAAAUGAAAAGGAAAAGAAAUUUUAUCAAUAAAAAACUAGGCGGAAAAAAAUCAGUUGUUAAAGUGACAAAUGUUUUUACCUAUUACUUUUCCUUUUCUUUUUUUGUAUUUUGGAAGUUUGUUUUUUUUUGUUUUCCUUUUUACAUUUUGAGUAUACUAAUUCAAUUUGCAGCCAGGAAGUAGUUUUUCAAAUUCUUUGGAUCGCAUUUUCUGAAGAAACUCAGAAGAAAAAAAGAAUUUGAUUCUUGCUUUUAAGAAAAGCAGCAUUAUUACUAUUCAAAGAUGAGAAACAAGAAGAAUAUGUAAAACAGCCAGUAGCUUAAAUGGAAAGCAAAGAUUUUUAUUUUUUAUUUUUUCCCCCCUCAAAGGACAGAUUCUCUUCUCUUAGAGAAAAGAAAAGAUAAUAGAUAU